GCGCCCCAGCCAGAGCUCCACGUGACGGCGCGCUACUCCGCUUCUGGCGCCCCGCGACCUUGCAUGCCCGCCCGCGACGAGGCCCCAGGACGAGCGCGAGAGCAGGCCCGGCUUCACGCAUCCUCGCCGCCAUCUCCUGCGUUUUUGCGUUUUUUGCUUUUUCCCCCGUGUGCGGGCGACGACCUCAGCCUGCCUGCGCUAGUCCCGUCUCCGUAGCCGCCCCAGAUCUGGCGUGCCAACCGCCAUCCGGAGCCUGCCGCUUCGCUGCUGCUUCGCCGCCUCGCCGUCUCACCCUCUCACUGCCCGUCAAUGUCCUAUCGCGGACGGCCCAGCAAGGGUUGCGAGGCUUGUCGAGCCCGUAAGGUCAAGUGCGACGAGGCUAGGCCAGCUUGUAGUCGAUGCACCAAGGCCAGCCACGAAUGCAAGUAUCGUGACCAGGCGGAUAUCCUCUUCCGCAACCAGACGGCCUCUGCUGCACAGAGGGCCGAGGAAUCAUGGCGCAAGCGCUCCAAGUCGCACCAGCGCCCCUCGACGGCCGACACCACCAACAGCCACAACAGCAACCACCACAACCACAACCACGCCUAUGUCAAGACGCCUCCAAGCGAUGAAUCCACCCCGCCCACGCUCGACGACACGCGCUCCUCGAGCGGAAGUGUGCACUCGCCCAGCGGAUCUACCGACGAUCCUGGCCAGGAUGCAUCGUCCAACGUGGCUCCCCCAACCAUCGACCUGAGUAAGAUGACCAUCACCCCCGCAGUGAACCCUGAUUUCCGGCGAAGAGCAUUCGAGCGCUUUGUCUACGACUUUGUGCUGCCAGACUCGCCCUCCAUGCCCAAGGACGAGCCCUCGGAUGCCUUGUGGACCUUUAUCCCUGUGCUCUACCAAGGUGCCUCCGAGGACUCGCUGAUCGCCAUGGUCGUCGACGCCGUUGCCUAUGUCAAUUACUCGAAUCGAUGCAACGACCCCCAUGCAGCUGCACUAGGAGAAGAAUGCGUUGCCAAGGCCAUCCCCAUGCUGACCAGGGUCAUAGCCGACAAGAGGCAGUCGGCCACAAACGAAGCCUUGUGUUCUGUGUAUCUGAUGGGAGUGUACGAGAACCUCACCAACGUGCAGCGAAAGGGCACGUUUAUAGCGCAUCACCAUGGUGCAAACGCUUUGCUCCAGCUACGCACUGUCGAGCAGUACUACAGUGAUCCCAUCUCAGCCCGAGUCUACGAAGUAGCAUAUGCACAAAUGUUACUGGGUAAUCUGCAGUCAGCAAGGCGCCCGCCUAUCCCUACGCGAGAGAUAGUCAAAGCGGAGGAAUACCUCCCAAGUCUCUACAGCAACUCGCACGUCUUUGUCAUUCGUCUAAUCUGGAGAGAGGCCGUAUUACAUGCGAGAUGGCAUGAGUUUAAGAAGAGCGCCAACCCGCCGACCAGCCGAUUGGCUAUGCAGGAGAUUUUCCAGGUGGCUCUCGACCUAGAUGGCGACUUUCAAGCCUGGGAUGCGAAAAUCGCCCCAGCGUGGGAUUAUCGCAUGACACCGAAUACCCCGGAGGCCCGGGCCGCGUACGAUGCAAAAUUGCAAAAUCUCUUCCUAGCAGGUCGAGGUGCCCCACCAGAGAUUCACGCAUAUGCGAGCUUGAAGAGAUGCUGGAUUUGGGGUUUCUACCGAACCACCCGGAUGUUCCUGUUGCGCGACCUUCUCGAGAUGAUUAAUUGGCUGUUGCGCUUCCCUGAACCCGACCUUCCCGGCGCUCCAAUGUCUGGACAUGGCCCUACACCCACACAGAAGCAGUAUAUUCCUGCUGUGCUCACGACCAGGAAUCUUUGUAUGCGUCACUCAAUGGCUACGACCCAUUUGGUCGAAGUCAUUGAAAAGACUUGCUCAGCUUUGAUUGGUAGCUUCACCGUCCCGAUCCAUCUCAAAUCAUUCGAUGAUGUCGUGGGCAUGAGAGGCUAUGUUUGCAUCUGGCCAUUGGGCAUCAUGGAUUCUGUUCUCAGCUCACGUCUGGUUCCUGAUAUUAAUGGGUCAAAAAGUCCACAGAGCUCCACCCAUUCUCCACCAGCCAACUUUUCCCCCUCGCCGACGAUGCAGUCCAGUCCAGAGCCGUUCCAAUCGAAUAUUUCUUCGGGUAUCAAGGACGCCUAUGCCGAGGCACCUCCAUUUACUGAGCUCUCUCAUAUCAUCCAAAAAUCAGAGUCUGACCAGUUCUCGGAUGCAAGCAAUCGUCCAGUUAAAAGUACACCAUUGCUCGACGUCAAGGCGAAGAAAAACCACGUUUUUGACUCGAAUCCGCCGCAUCCUUAUGAUUUGCUUUUAGAUAUUCCUUAUUUGGAUUAUAACAUUCCCGAACCGAAAAAGAUGGAUGUUCCAGCACGACGCGAGUGGAUCAACCGCCUCAUGUACUACGCCGGGGUGGAGCUUGGGCUGAAAAAGGCGCUAUAUGUGCCGUUUACCGAAGGCUUCAUGCCUAUCGUGAAGCCGAGUGUUGAUUACAUCCUCGGGCGAUGAGCAAUGGGUGUGAGGGCAUGGAAAAAAAGGCGGGAUCCUCUAUGAUUUACGGCAUACGAACGGAGCAUAAGCAAAGAGAAGCAUCCUGGAGGCGUUUUGUGACUAGUGCAUUUGCG